AUUCAUUUGUAUUUAACCAAAAAUCAGUUCAUGAAAUCAUUGUUCGUUAACGCAUAUUCCGGCAUCUCUUUACUUCGUUUCCUCUCUAUGCAUAUUGGUCUCGAGUUGGUAUGAGCAGACCCAGCAGAUCGACUUCGAGGAAAUCUUCUCUUCAGGCCUCCCAAUCUAGUAAAUCAAUAUGCUGUCCAAAAAGAUAGCAAUAAUUUACAUCGUUCUUGCUAACACGGUGUUGGCAUUUUUCUAUUUAUUCGGGCCAACAAUUUUGCAACUGCAUAGUCCGCUCGAAUCUCGUUCUAAAACGAAAGAUGAUACGACUACUGCAUUAUACCGCCAUGUUACUACUACACAGGGCAUACCAGAUAAUGUUGUUGACAAAGUGAAAGGAAACCCUGCCUCGAUCCAAAAACCUUCCUCUAGAAAGGCACUUGGUUGGAGAAAUAAAUUUCAUUGGGAGUCCAAAAUAGACCAGCAUGACUAUCGCGUCCUCAUUAACCCUCGGAAUAAAUGCAAGCAGUCGGAAAAUAUAACUUUGCUUAUCCUCGUCAAGACAAGAGUGAGUAGCAUAAGAGAGAGGAAUAUAAUCAGAGAAACGUAUGGUCAGGGGAUAGUGAAGUAUAAUGUGUCUGCAACGAUUCUAUUUCUACUUGGAAGAGAAAGUACACAUACUUCAAGUGCCCAGGUUGAUCUCCAGAAGGAGGCUGAUCUACACGGAGAUAUUCUUCAAGAGGACUUCAUAGAUACCUACUACAAUCUAACUAUCAAACUUAUUAUGGGUUUCAAAUGGGCAUCGACGUCCUGCAGUAAUGCUUACUUUGUAAUGUCAACAGAUGAUGAUUGUAUCGUCGACGUCGUUAACCUUGUCAAUGACCUCGAAUCAACCACAUCUCCGACGUUUCUUUCGAAGUUUGCCCUGGCCGAGCGAGCCAUCAACUGGGUUCCGCACCGCGAUCCCGGUGAUAAGUGGUACACUCCACGGGAAUUUUAUUCGGCUGAUCGCUGGUUACCCUUUCCUCGAGGAUACGGUUAUGUUGUUUCCAGAGAGGUGGCUCACCUUCUUUACCAAGCUUCUCAGAAGAUUGCUCCUCCUGCACCCUGGGAUGAUGUCUACUGUGGUAUACUCUUACAUUCAUUGGGGAUAGAGAUGCAAGAUAUCAAAGUUUGGUUUAAGACCAAGCGUGCACAUGCACCAUCAAGAGCACCAUUGAAGGUUCAGGACCACUAUGUGAUUGGGGGAAAUGGAAAUGCAAUGAACAUGAUGAACGCAUGGAAGGCAGUUGAAAAUAGGUACCAGAAAUGAAAACGAAGAUAAUAAUGAUGAUGAUUUCCCGGGAGUUUCCUGAUUCAAGAAAUAUGUGCUACAUAUACUAUCAAACUUUAUUGUACCCAGUUGCUGAGUUAACUCUUUUAGCCGAAAUAUUUGAAAAGUCAUUUUCGCAAAAUAGUAAUGUUGACCGGAGUAUCAAGCUCAUCGACGCGCUUAACACCUUGAUGUCAUCAUCAGCAGCAGUCGCACCUGCAGUAAACCGACCAACACCACCAGCAUGACCACCGUAUUGAUCAAGUGCUUUCUUGAAUAACCUGCCUUUUUACCAAGGCUCUGGAACAAAGCUAAUCUUGUUCACUUCCUGGUUGAUUUUAUAUUCCAUCUUGCCUUUCUCUCCCGCAAAACUGGAUAUUAACUGGAAAAGCCAUAUAGAAUUUAGAUUUUUAUCGAGUUUUUACAGUCAUUUCAAUAAGAAGUGUUACAAAAAAUGGAAUAUAUGAUUAUCAUACAGUAGGAAUAACAAAAGUGAAGGUAGGGGCCUACUGGGUUUUCCCUUAAAAUAAAUAGGCCUACAUUUAAAAGUACACAAGCACAUAUACAGUUAAACACUAAAAGCAAAUUUUGUAUAACUAUUUUAUUCUUAUCAUAAUCGCCAUCUUCGUUUUCAGUAUUAUCGGUAUUUCUGUAUCAUAAUCUGUCAUUAUUGAUGGUAUAGGCCUAUUUGUAAUGGAAAUUACGAUUUACAUUGCCUCACUAAAAACGUUAAAAUUAAACGCAGAAUGACGAUUUUAACCGCUUAAGAGCUAUGAUUUCAAAAGUAUUUUCAUUUGGUAGAUAAAGUACUUUAUCAUAUAGUAUUUAGAUUUAUCAUUGUGUACAGAUUUUGUUGAAUCCAGUAUGCGAACGCAUAAUUCGAACAGUCACAAUUGGACCUUUUGUACCAAAGAAUUCAACAUUCCUGUUAUUAGAAUGAGUAAGGAAAUGUAUUCAUUCAUGAACAAAGUUGAGUCAGUUUAAACUUUGCUUAACAGUACGUAAUCCAAAUGAAAUGUAUUUUGAAUUUAUGCGAAAAUGUGAUCAGACCACGCUUGACUUAACUGUUUGCUGAAUACAAUUGGCACGGAUUUUAUGUUCUCCAGUUUUGUGUGUAAGAAUGGCUUGGUUUUCGGAAGCUGCUGUAGCUGAGUAAUUUUUUUUGUCACGUUCAUGGUCGCUUGAUAAUGCCCAUUGUAUGAUGUGUUUUUGAAAGUCAUAAUACCUUGGUCACAUUUGUUCUACAGCGGCCGUACGGCGAGUCGAAAACAGCCGUUUUAAC